CGCACAUUCGUGUUUUUUAUCUGGGCGGGUGUGAAAGAAAAACUCCCAACGGCGUGUAAGAAACGGAAGCAGCAAACAUGGCCGCAACGCUAAAGCCUUACCUGACCGCAGUUCGUCACACCCUCACGGCGGCAAUGUGCCUAAGCAACUUUUCCUCCCAGGUGGUCGAACGGCACAACAAACCCGAAGUGGAGGUCCGCAGCAGCAAGGAACUUUUGCUGACCCCGGUUGUGAUAUCGCGUAACGAAAAGGAACGUGUUCUGAUAGAAACGAGCGUCAAUUCGGUGCGUAUCAGCAUCGCCGUCAAGCAGGCGGACGAGAUUGAGAAGAUCCUCUGCCACAAGUUCACCCGGUUCAUGAUGAUGCGGGCAGAAAACUUCAUCAUCCUGCGGCGAAAACCGAUCGACGGGUACGACAUCAGCUUCCUCAUCACGAACUUUCACACCGAGCAGAUGUACAAGCACAAACUGGUAGACUUUGUUAUCCACUUCAUGGAGGAGAUCGAUAAGGAGAUCAGCGAGAUGAAAUUGGCCGUCAAUGCCCGGGCACGCAUCUGUUCGGAGGAGUUCCUGAAGCGAUUUUAGUUUCGCUGUUCAGUGGCUACAUUCCAACUCGUCAACUACAAGUCCUCUCUCCUAGUUUCCCAUUUUGCAAUGUUCUUCUACCGUUCCAAAUAAGUGAAGCAUUUUUAGUUUCGCCGCAAACUAGCCAAACGUAUUUAGAAGAAGGCGGCAAUGAAACGUAGUAUAAGUGAAACGUGUAUUAGUCCAUUCGGAUCCUGUGUAUCGAAGGGUAUUACAACAAGAAGGAAACUCAUCGUGAGG